UUUGAUUUUUAAGUUACAACCUUGUCAUCAUCCACCCACAUAUAAUUGGGUAUGCCAUAAAAUACGCCUUCUAUUCCAUUUUUUGCUGAUUAGUAUCGUAUCCAAUAUAUUCCCUGAUAUUCCGAUUCCGAACCCUAACCCUAAGUCCCUAACCCUUGAGAAAAAUCCCCAAUUUCUCUCAUUUCUUCAAAACCCUGACAAAAAAAUGUCGAUCAGUCUUCGAAAAGCGAACACCCGAUUACCUCCAGAGGUGAACAGAGUUCUGUAUGUUCGAAAUCUUCCAUUCAACAUCACAAGCGAAGAAAUGUACGACAUUUUCGGGAAGUACGGAGCAAUUCGUCAAAUUCGUGUCGGAACCAACAAGGAUACUCGCGGGACAGCUUUCGUAGUGUACGAGGACAUUUACGAUGCUAAAACUGCUGUUGAUCAUCUUUCUGGCUUCAACGUUGCAAAUCGGUAUUUGAUUGUGUUGUACUAUCAACCUGCUAAGAUGAACAAAAAGGUUGAUCACAAGAAGAAGGAAGAAGAGAUUACUAAAUUGCAGGAGAAAUAUGGUGUUUCUACUAAAGAUAAGUGAUUUACUGUAGGUUUAUUUUCAUGCCUUAUGCUCUGAGUUAGAGAAUGUUUGUAAAAUAUUGAUGGUUGAAUUUGAGGAAUUAUAUUGCUAUUGCUCACCUCGUUGUGCUAAAUAUACAGUCUUUUGCUAUGAGAUCUGGCCGACUUUUUGGUUUAAUAGAGUAUUCUUACUAAUCGAUCUUCUUGUUUUCUCCGAGCAAUUAUUUUUAUUGUUGUUGAAAGGGAAAGAAUUUUCUGAUAAGCGCAAUGAAUUUUGGCGAUUGUUGUUCUGAUUGGAUACUGGUAAUGCGAGGAAUAUUUUUUGUUGCUUGCUAGUGAUAAAAUUGUAGGCGGCUUUUUUUACUUUUAUCCACUAAUUGUAGAUUUUAUGGUGAAAAUUUCUUGUCCAAGGCCUAUUUUUUUUAAUAUUACUUACUUUGUAGGGGGGAAAUAAUUGCUGGUGAUCACUAUUAAAUGGGGAGCUGUUUCCCUUUACUGAAUGUCUGUAUUCUUUGAGGGAUUUUGUUAUUAUUGAAGUGUUAAAAUUCUUUGGAAAACUUGUGAAUUUACGGUUAUUAUUACUUUUGAAUUGAAUAUUUACUGGAGUUGUUUAUUUGGUGGAAACAUUUCUUUUAUGUGUAUGAUUUGAUAGGUUAAGAAACUUUUUCGGUAGUUUCUUGAAAGCAGAGGAUGUUGACAUUGUAAUUUGAGGAAGUUGUCUCUUAAGAAUGAAGUUAAGGGCGGGGAAUUUUGUUGGUUGGGCGAGCAAUAAUGAAUAGCUCUGAAAAGUUGUUGAUGAUAGUAAAAAGAGAAGGCAGAUGAUUUACGAUCGUAUUAUAGGCUUAUAGCUCCUUGGUUAGAUUUCUAGGAUUUUGAUUGGAUUUCUGUUGGAUAAAGCAAAUCUGCUGCUUUCAUUAUUAGACUAGCAAUUUGGAAUAAUUGAUGAAGAAGCUUAGCUGAUCACCAGGUGUAUGGAUUGAAAAAAAUAUUUUCAUUUUCUUAGUUGCUUGAGUGAAUUUUCCUUGCUCCAGUCUUUCUACUCUCUGGAUUCGCCUAUAUUCUAUUUGAUUGAUGAUGCAACUGAUUUCUUUAUUUACCUUAUUUUAAUCCUAUAUGUUUUUUUCUAUCUCUUGUUAAUGUGUAUGUACUUUUCAACUAGGACAAUCAAUUGGAUGUUCAUAGUAAACAUCACCUCUUUGUUUCAUUUAACUCAUUAUCUCCUGUUUCUAAAGUAGCAUGCAAAUGGACUCUUUAUCUUUUUAAUUGAACUCUAUCUUUUCAAAGGAAUACAGGCAAUUGAAUUUGAUUUUUGAAAGUGUUUGAACUCCUUCCAUGCACACACCCCUAUAACAUAUCUAUCAAACAUCCUUCCAUGCUCUCUCCCUCUAACAUAUCCAUAAAACCUCCUUCAUGUAACUUCUGUAUGCAGUUUAUAACUUCUUUUUUGGAGGGAUCUUUUGUACUUUUAUUUAGGGUGAUUUUGUACGAAAGUGGGAUCUUGUUUUGGAGGGAAAUUGAGUAACCUUAUAGUUGUAACUAAGGAUGGCAAUGGGUCGGACUCGGCUCGAAUUAUACAUACUUCGAUUUUGCUCUGGAUUUUAGUCGAACUUUUUUUUUCAGUCCACCUCCGCUCGGAGUCGGAUUAUGCAUACUCCAAGUUUGCCCCGACUCGGACUCUCGGACCUCCAACGGAGUCGGAUACGGAGUCGGAUUAUUAUCAAACUUUAUCGUUGUGAUAUUGUACUAAUGAUUUAAAGCAUACGAAGUUAACAAAAUAUAUUUUUCAAAUACAAUUUAACAAAAAAAUAUGUACUUUGAAUUCAAGUUUAACAUGAGAAAUAUUCCUAAUACUACAAUUU